GUGGCGGUGUGUUUCCGGUUCUGACUCUGAGGCGUCUGACUGACCGCUGAGAGCAGACCUGUGCACUCAUCUCUAGUUUAGUUCAUUAGUUAAGUUAUAUUCGUCAUCAUGGCCAGAAGUGACAGUAGCUCGUACUUCAGGAGAUCCAGUCUGUUCUGGAUGAUGGUCGUCACGGCUUCUUUGAGCUUUUACACGUGGACGGUGUUUUGGCCUCAGGACGUCCCGUACAGCAGUCUGGGUCCUCUGGGCGCUCUGGCCAAGCAUUUUGUGGACUAUCAUUAUCCUGUGAUGUAUUAUGGGUGGUUUCUGGCGUGGAUCAUCCAUCUGUUCGAGGCUCUGUUUGCACUGAAGGUCUGCAGUGAUAAAGGCAUCGACAGCUCGUCCGCACGCUUGCUGUGGUUCGCUCAGACGUUUCUCUUUGGUUUCGCGUCUCUGGGUCUUCUGAUCAGAUACAAGCCGGACGGCCGACCCAAACGCCAGUGACCCACACCAGAGCUCGUGUCCCAGAGCACACUGACCUUUAUAUCCCAGAGGAUUCAUCAACCUGCAGGUUACAUCUGAACAGUCACAGUCAGUUCUUAUACACGAGACUAGUGUGAGAGCAUCACUAACCUGGACUGAAGUGUUACCGUGUAUCUAAUGCCUCCUGUAGUGUAACGUGUGCUCAGAGACGGGUUACAGACAGACUAAUACAGACAUUCACGGGUGAAGAAUAACAGGACAGAUAUCCAUCUAAAGCUUUAGUAACGUGAUGAAACAGACUGAACUUCCCACUGUACAACAGAACAAGAGCCCUUCAUAUAAGCUUUAAUAUUUACUCCGUAAAUAUGCCUUUAAACAGUUUUCACUCAGAAAGGAAACACACUCAAAUUUUGAAGUAGAGAAACUGAAAUUGUGUUUUCAGCAACACUUAAACCCUGUUUUGUGUGGUGUAUAAUAUGCAUAGGAAAGCAUUGCAUCGAAACUGAAGUGCAUUAUAUUAUUUGCAGAUACCUGAAAUUGGUCAUUUGCAUCAAUCUUUUUAAAGGUUUAACAGUGAGUGUUAUAAUUGUGGUUACAGUUAUUCAUGAGAUCAUACAAUUAAUAAUUAAUGCAUGAAUAAUACUUUUACAAUGCAUUAUAUCAAAAGGCUCUGAAGUAUGAGUUUUAUAUUUAAAAAGGGGGAUAUAAAAAAAUAAAUUAUCCAGUUAAAUAAAAUGAAGUUAAAUAAUUCUGAGAACCACUGAUUUAGAAAGUGUACAGCUCAAAUGCAUUUUAGAGUAAGACUUCAUGAGCUUUAAUUCAAUUCAGGUUUAAUUGUGUAGCGCUUUUCAUGAUACAAAUCAUUCCAAUACAGCUUUAAAGAAAAUGUAAGUUUCUAUUUUAAAGUCUCUUUUUCACUGCUGCAGUGUGUGUGUGUGUGUGUGUGUGUGUGUGAUUUACAGAUCAAGAGUGUUUGAAUGAUGGAAAAUAAACAGAUUGAUUUGA